CCUCACUUGUUGAUCAGACUGCUGAAGCAAGUUGUAACCUGCAGACCAGCUCGGGUCUGUGAACAGUCUUCAUUCAACCAGCUGCCUGCAAAAAAAAGAAGUAAUUAUAUUAAUGAGGGCUUCCCUGGGGAAGAAUCUGUGACAUCAGGAGAGGCGCUUACCAAUUACAGGGCUGGGGGGCGGCUCCAGGACUUCAGUAGAACUGACUUGUAGGAACACUUGCCAAAUGACAGACUAGUAAUGUUUGACUAAAGUUUCUGGUGGCUGGAAAAGGUAUGAAAUGGAGCGUGAUGAUGGCUCAGCACCAGGUUUGACAUCAACGUGGACUGGUUGACCUCCGAAGCUGAGAUGACCUCUAUCGCUGAUGCUUUUCUGGACCCAUCAAAGUCUUCUUAUCUCGAGUUUGGCCAUGGACCACCAUCUUCUUCACAAAGCCAACACUCUCCAGUUUUGGCACAUGGACCUUAUUCCUUGCAUGGCUUCCACCCAGCUGGCCACGAGGGCCUGUUUUCUCCAGGGGCUUCAGCCUAUGGAGGGCGGUCAUUCCCAUACCCCUAUUCUACCUCCGCAGCCAACCAGCAUCAUAACGGGAAUCCGUACCUGAGCUACCAGCAUUACAAUAAUACGCUUAACCACAGUGGGAGACUACAUGAAGAUCCCGAGCUGGAGAAAUCCACGGUGAUAGAAAAUGGAGAAAUCCGAAUUAAUGGAAAAGGAAAGAAAGUCAGGAAACCUCGAACAAUAUACUCCAGUUUACAGCUGCAGGCCCUCAACCACAGGUUCCAGCAAACGCAGUAUUUAGCCCUUCCGGAAAGGGCAGAGCUUGCCGCACAACUUGGCCUGACUCAGACUCAGGUGAAAAUCUGGUUUCAGAACAAGAGAUCCAAGUACAAAAAAGUCGUCAAGCAAGGUCCUAGUGCCCAAGAUGGAGAGCAGUCUCAGAAUUCCUCAUCGGUUUCUCCGUGCUCCCCUAAUGCUCCUCCAAUGUGGGACUUUCCUACGGCUGGAAGAACUGCCCCCAUGCCCCCUGAUUACUUGAACAAUUACAACUCUUGGUACCAGAAUCCGGAUGCCCUGUCCAGACCGCCGAUGUUAUAAUGAGAAGGACUGACCACCUUAGUUACCACAAGGAUAUAUGAGCUGAUAUGGGGGUCCCUGUACCAGGGUCCCGGAUUACAGAAGUGAUUCCAAUUCAAGCCCUGUCUUCCAUCUAGUAAUGACUGAUACUGAUGACCCCCCUACUAUCUAUACAGAUCAAUCACUAGUAGGUGAUCUGAAUGGACUUCAUAUCGUUCUCCAUACUCCGGAAGAGACAAAUGCAUAAUAAAUACCAAAACCACAAAUGUAGUCAGGUUACAAGUCUACACCCUUCAGCUCAUUGACUUGCGCAGGAUAGCUGAGGGCUGUGUAAUACCUGAGCCCUUAUCUGAGAUCAGCUGUGAUAGAAGAGACUUGAUAACUGAGAUCGGCAUGUGGUGCGGCUUUGUGAAUUAGAAGCAAGCUUUAAUUCUCUGCCAGGCUUAGGAGGACUGAGGAAAUUCAUUAAGUGGGUGAAUGAUGGGCAUAGUUGGCAGAGGAGCAUCAUUUUGCCUUCCUCCUUCUCCCAUUUGUUUACUGCAGGGGUCUCCAAACUGCGGCCCGAGGGCAAGAUGUGGCCCUUUGCUAGCCUUAAUCCGGCCCUUGGGACACA